GUUGUAAGCCAGUAUAUUAAUUAAUAUACAUCAUGGUAUAUUGCAAAGAAUGAUCAUUAGUUGUUAAUUUUUUUCUUCUAUCGUCGUCGUUCUAAGCUUAAAUAGGCCUUCAAGGUUUCAAAAAGGGUAAAACUGAAUUGGAAUUUGGAUGUAACUUCUGCCUAGGAACAGACGCGAAACUAAUUACACUAUUCAGAUAUUACGUCUAAUGGUUUUAGCAAAUAAAUGAUGAAGAUUCUUACUUUGAUCGGGAUAUACUGUAUGAUCCUUUUGAGGCUCCCGAUACUUUCGGCGACAGACGAAUCAUCCCAGUCAGUCAAGCAGCAGCUUUACGUCGACCCCAGUGAAGUCACAAUAGUAUCUGGUAAAUCUGCGACCUUUGCCUGCUUUGCUACCCAGCAUCCCGUGACCUUGACCUGGGUCAAAGACGCGAUCUAUGCAUUGGCGAUCGAUCGCUUUAUCGUAUCGCCUGAACAAUCGAGGAUUUCGGUGAGCGUCAAUGAGUCGAGGGGUUCAUACGAACUGCACAUCUCUGACGUGCAACCGGGAGAUGCAGGGAAAUACCACUGCGAACUGGCGGCCAAUCUUCCGUCUGAACACGUCGCUUCAAAACCAGCUAAAAUGACUGUAAUAGUGGCUCCAAAAUUUCAGACACAGCCCCAAGACUUUGAAGGUAUCGAGGGUCAGGUGGCCAUGUUCCGAUGUGUCGCCGACGGCUACCCGAAGCCAUUCUAUCGCUGGUUCGACAACUCUCGGAAGCCGAUCGACUCCACGAAGUCCAAAUAUGGCAUAUCCCCAAGCGGAGAGUAUUUGACCGUGUAUGAACUGGUUGAAGAGGAUGCGGGCGAGUUCUCUUGCGAGGCGACCAACCAGGCCGGGAAGACGGAGGGAAAUGCGAAGCUGACGGUGAUCAUCCCGCCGGGGCUAAACGAGGGCCAGACGGAGACGCGAGAAAAUGGACAGGAAGUGACGUUUGCGUGUCAUGUGUUGCGAGGAGACGGUCAGCUCUCCUGGUGGAGGAACGGGAAAAUUGUGGAUGAAAGCAAUGGGGUAGACCAGCGGGUCUCGGUCGAGACUCACCCGGAGACCGGCCAUCUCCAUCUGACCAUUCGCAAGAUAGAAAAGAGUGAUGAGGGAAUGUGGACCUGUGCGGCAGUCGGUAGAAAAGGCAAAGAUACCAUCACCACUGUAGAACAUCAUCUUACCAUCAAAGUUCGUCCGAUCGUGCUUCAGCCCGCUACGCAGUUGAUGAGUGUUCGAGUCGGCGAAAGGUUGUCCAUGUCUUGCCAGAACAUAAGAGCUGGUGGUGGCCAACCAAGCUGGUACGACACAAGACACGGAGUCGUAGUAACGGAUGAUCCGAAAAAGAGAAUCUUUGUUCGCUUCGACAAAUCAUCGAUAACUCUGGAACUGUUUGUUGGUGAAGUGGCUCCCGAAGACCAAGGCGUGUUCUGCUGUGUGACUGACGGCGACAUGAACUGUUUUAUGCUACUUGCUUUCACAAAAUAGAUCCAGUUGAUUAUCAGAGAGUGUGAACGCGGUGGAAGGGGUGAAAAGUUAAAGGGAAAUUUCACCCUGACAAGUUUAUUAUAAGGAUAGUAGAACACAUGAGAAAAUGCAUUCGUAAAAGUCUGAGGAAAAACCAUUAAUAAUUGAAAAAUAUAUAAUUCUAAUUUUUCAAUUUGUGAUGUCAGAUGCAAGUAGAUACCCCAAACAUCUUGUUACAUAAUUUUUUUUUGUAAAAAAAAGGAAAAUACCUUCAGUAUAUCAACAGACAAAUCAUUUCACACCUGCCACGUAAAGAAAAAAAUAAUGAGCCAUGAAAAAAAUUGAAAUUUAUGCAUUUCAUAACGAAGCGAUAGCUGCUCGUAUAUGACGUCAUAAAUAGUAAAAAACAAUAACAUUCUAAAAACUUUUUUUUUGGUGGAUUUGGUGGAUUUUUACAAAAGAAAAGUCAGGGUGAACUUCCCCUUUAAAAUAGCUUGGUUCUAAUCACGCCCACCUUUACCUUCGGAACGUGUAUGAUGUUCUUCCAACCAAUGUCUUGCGAGGUGGUAUUGUCUUGACAGGGUCUGUUAUUAUAUAUAGCUUAAACAUCUUAAAUGACGCUUAUUUGAAACACCAGUAUAAAGCGCCCUACAAAUGUUAUUAUUAUUAUUAUUAUUUCCUAAAGCACUGCAAUUCUUAAUAGGUACCACUGUUUAUAAUAACAUUAUAGGAAGGUUGCUACUUCCGAUUUUCGUUGUUUAAUAUAAGGGUUCUUAAUGGUAUUUUAUAAAGUAUAGUCUUUGUAAGAAUCUGUGUGGCUUCACAUAAUUUUCGAGAGGUGGUUCUCAUGGCAAUAAUGUAUGGUGACUCGUAAUACACGUAUAUGCCUAUUUUGCGGGCAUUCUUUAUUGAAUGGCGACCUUCAUCUACAGAUUUAUUUUAAACACCGACACCUAAAAAUAUGAACUGCUCAGUGGUACAGGAGGAGUGGAUCCAGGAUUUCAGAAUUAAGGGGACUGGGCCCCCAAACUUAUUUUGACUAGAAAGAAAAAGUAUUUUACUCCAUGAAGGGACAUUUUUUUUAAAUAAUUUUGAACGGGCCAAAAGAGGGGGCCACUACGUACAACACGAUGCUGUUCAUAUACAAAUUCUGGGCUUAUUGGUACUUGUUUCUUUGAUCUGCGUCUGAAUAAUGUCCCUUGUAUUUUAAAAUACGUCAUCCCAAACUGACCAAUCAGAAAAGAGGAUGCCAAUAAAAAGCCCUUCCUGAUUGGACAAAAAUUAAUGAACAGGUGCGUGAUUAUCAUAUCUUGAUAUAAUGGUUAACGUUGGCCUACAGAUGGAGGGAAGGGUACUUUGGCGUGCUUCCCCUCCCUAAUUUGUUGCGCCCAAGAAAAAAAAGAGAAAAGGAAAGACAGAAGGGUAAAUGGUAAAUUGUGUUGAUUUUUUUCACCCAAUUGUUAGAAAGCAUGAAUGCUUGUAAGCAAGCAACGAGAGGACCGAUGGUUUAAGGUCCUCUGGUAAUGAGGCUCUAAAGGCCUUACAAAAGGGCACUAGCGCAUCACGUGGGAAUCGAACAAUGAUCACCGGUCUCCCAAAACCCUGUUCCACCGACUGAGCUGUCGCACCUCCUGAAAUAUGAUAUAAUUUUCUGAAUAUUAUGUCAAAAUCUACCACAAAAUUGGAUCUUUGUAUUAGAAAUGUCGAAAUCUUCGCUCGCUCGCAAGUUUAAAAAUCAUUUUUUCUUGAUACGCCACUGAUAUCUGGCCUCCUCACAAUUUUUGGCUCAUUUGCGCCACUGAUGGCAAAGAUAACUGUAUCAUCAUGGCGUUGGUGAUUUGGUUACAAACAAAAUAAUGGUACAAACGUUUCGUAUCUUCGCAUUCUUCGGCGCAUUAUGAGUUUUAUUGCAUGUAUAUAUUCAUUGUAAAUAUAUUUAUUUAAUUACUUCAUGGGGUUUCUGAUCUCAUCUAGGUAACAAAGUGUUUCAUCUUAAUAAAAUAAACAGUAUUUUACUGAUUUCCACGAG